AAUGUGUGCCAGAAUUUUAUUAUAGAGAAAAAACAAACCAAUUAAGCACUAGAUAGUUCAAAUUCAAUGUCUCUUUCUUUGAUUUCUGAUUCGAUUCAUCUAAUCUGCGCCGAUCUUCGUCUCCGUCAAUCUCCGUCGCGGUCAUUUUCUCUCUCUUCCCGUAGUAAGCAGUUCUCUAUCCACCAGUUAUCUCAGAUCUCACGCUCGAUCAAAGUCACGGCAAGAGGAGACGGCGCUAUGGAGACGACGACGGCGAAGGAGACAGUUUCAGGCGGUGUUCCUAACAACACGAUGAAGCUAUUGUUCGUUGAGAUGGGUGUAGGUUACGAUCAACACGGGCAAGACGUGACAUCUGCGGCGAUGAAGGCUUGUAAAAAUGCGAUUUCUUCGAAUUCGAUUCCUGCUUUUAGGAGAGGUUCGAUUCCUGGAGUUUCAUUUGGGGAAAUGAAGUUGCAGAUUAAGCUUGGAGUGCCUCGUUCUCUUCAUCACCAACUUGAUCUCGACAAGGUUAAGUCUACCUUCCCAUACGGGAAGAUUGUUAAUGUGGAAGUGGUGGAUGGAGGACUGAUUUGCUCGAGCGGCGUUCUAGUCGAAGAAAUGGGUGAUAAAAACGAAGAUUGCUACAUAGUGAAUGUCGCAGUUUACGUCGGCUACUAGUCUCUUCUUUCUUGUGUGUGUCUGUUUCAUCCCGAGCCGACUUCAUCCUCGUCUGUAGAACAUUUUAGUUGUAUAUUUUUGAUGUCCAAACCAAUUUGGCUUAGGCUUUGCAUCAACAAACAAUAUCUCAAUUUUUUCUGUUAAAAACAUGGGCUUAUGAGGAAAAAAUGUUACACACUC